AGACGGACGCUUUAUUUCGUUAGAAGUCUUGGAUUUUUAAUUCAAUUAAUUCUCGCCUCGUCUGCUACAGAUUUACAGGAAAGAAAUGGAGGAUAAGGAGGCUUCUGCAGCUGAAAACUACAGCAAAACUUCCCCAAAAAACUACUCUGACCAACCAAGCGUCUCUGUGAAGGAUGGUUCUCAGGUAAAAAUGAAAACUUCGCAGAGAUCAUCUCAAGGAGAGAAGAAAGACCCAUCGUGGCCUCGGAUGACGCCGGCUUUACUCAGAGAAGUUUGUAAGAAGAACAAACUCUACUUCACACCCAACCUGAAUGACACCUUGUACCUGCACUACCACGGUUUCUCCCGGAUCGAGAACUUGGAGGAGUACACUGGGCUGAAGUCUCUCUGGCUCCAAAACAAUGCCCUGGAGCGCAUCGAGAACCUGGAUGCCCAAACUGAUCUGCGUUGCUUAUUCCUCAACGACAACCGAAUAUCAAAACUGGAAAACCUGGACUCUCUGACCAAGCUCUGCACCCUGAACGUAUCCAACAACUACAUCUCUGUUUUAGAAAACAUCGCCUGCCUUCCCAAUUUAAGCACCCUGCAGAUUGCUCACAACAAGUUGGAAACUUUGGAGGACGUAGCCCAUUUGAGUCAGUGCCUGGCCAUUUCUGUGCUAGACUUGUCCUACAACAGCUUGAGUGAUCCGGAGAUCAUCUGUGUGCUGGAGGCGAUGCCAGAUCUGAGGGUUCUGUAUCUGAUGGGGAACGAGGUGGUGAGGAAGAUCCCAAACUACCGGAAGAGCUUGAUAGUUCGCUUGAAGCACCUCCUCUUCCUUGACUUUAGCCCAGUGUUCCCCAGAGAUCGGGCCUGUGCGGAGGCAUGGGCGGCAGGAGGGCCGGAGGAGGAGCGCAGGGUGAGGGAGCAGUGGGGAACCCAAGAGAGGAAGAGGAUCCAGAGGAACUUGGAGGAAAUGGCAAUAAUGAGACAGAAAGCCCAGGAGAGACGUAACCUUCAAGAGCUCCAGGAUCAAGGUGAAACCAAGAUGGCCGCAACCCCAGAAAGCACUAGUGAGGAACACAGAAGUGGCAUGGUGGCUUCUUCCGCACAAGAGGAAGCUGAGGAGGUACCUCUGGUUCAUGGUGCCGGACCACUGGUCACAAAUCUAGACGAUGAGGAGCAGCUGGAAACCAUUCACCUCGAAGCAAUUCCACCGCUGGGCAUCGAUGACCUGCCAGAUUUAGAGGAUGAAGCUGAGGAGGUACCUCUGGUUCAUGGCGCCGGACCACUGGUCACAAAUCUAGACGAUGAGGAGCAACUGGAAUCCAUUCAUCUCGAAGCGAUUCCACCGCUGGGCAUCGAUGACCUGCCAGAUUUAGAGGAUGAAGCUGAGGAGGUACCUCUGGUUCAUGGCGCCGGACCACUGGUCACAAAUCUGGACGAUGAGGAGCAACUGGAAUCCAUUCAUCUCGAAGCGAUUCCACCGCCGUGUAUUGAUGACCUGCCAGAUUUAGAGGAUGAAGACGAGGAGGUUCCUCUGGUUCAUGAUGCCGUUCCAUCGGUCACAAAUCUGGACGAUGAGGAGCAGCUGGAAUCCAUUCAGCACGAACAGAUUCCACCGCCGUGUAUCAAUGACCUGCCAGAUUUAGAAGAUGAAGAUGACAAAGAGGCUGAGGAAUUACCUCUGGUUCAUGAUACCGGACCACUGGUCACAAAUCUGGACGAUGAGGAGCAGCUGGAAACCAUUCAACUCGAAGCGAUUCCACCGCCGUGUAUUGAUGACCUGCCAGAUUUAGAGGAUGAAGACGAGGAGGUUCCUCUGGUUCAUGAUGCCGUUCCAUCGGCCACAAAUCUGGACGAUGAGGAGCAGCUGGAAUCCAUUCAGCACGAAAAGUUUCCACCGCCGUGUAUUGAUGACCUGCCAGAUUUAGAGGAUGAAGACGAGGAGGUUCCUCUGGUUCAUGAUGCUGUUCCAGUGGUUACAAAUCUGGACGAUGAGGAGCAGCUGGAAACCAUUCAGCAUGAAGAGAUUCCACCACUGGGCAUCGAUGACCUGCUAGAUUUAGAAGAUGAAGAGCUCCAGGAUCAAGGUGAAACCAAGAUGGCCGCGACCCCAGAAAGCACGAGUGAGGAACACAGCAGUGGUAUGUUGGCUUCUUCCGCACAAGAGGAAGCUGAGGAGGUUCCUCUGGUUCAUGAUGCCGUUCCACUGGUCAAAAAUCUGAACGAUGAGGAGCAGCAGGAAAGCAUUCAGCACCAAGAGAAUCCACCGCUGUGUAUUGAUGACCUGCCAGAUUUAGAGGAUGAAGAGGAGGAAGCUGAGGAUUUAACCAUUUCUUCCCAGCAGGUGUUCAGACCCCAAAUCGAAAUCAUUUCCAGAGACGCUGAUGAAGAAGAGCAGCCAAAGGAAAACAACAAGGAUGGCACGGCUAUCUUCGGUCCUGCUGAAAAGUUGAUCAAAAAGAGUGUGUCCCUCGACUCUGCAUCACUCUUCUGUUUAAAGGGCGACCCAAUGAAGAAGAAGUCUGAAGAAAGACUCAAACCAGCUUCAUGUCCCUGCCUCAUUGAAGAGCUGGACUAACACUCUGAAUCCAAGAAGGAGCAGCAUUGCCGUUAAAAUGCUACAUUUGUUACUAUUAAAGUUUAAAAAAAAGCUUC